AUGAAGAGAUCGGAUCAUUUUAUAUCUGGGAGUACUGAUAGUUCAAUGAUAAUAUGGGCAAGAAAUCAAAAUGGCUUAUGGAUUUGCCAAUAGAAAUUUAAUGGACAUACAAGUAAUAUAGAAUGUUUUUUAUUAAAUAAUAAUGAAAAUAUUAUUAUAUCUGGUAGUAAUGAUUCUAAGAUUAAAUUCUGGUAUAAAUCAAAUGAAUGGUUGUGCUAUUAGACAAUUACAGAUCAUACAAGUACUGUAUUAGGAUUAAUUUCCAAUGAUUAAAAAAUAAAUUUAUAUCUUGUGGAUAGGAUUCUUCUUUAUUUGUAUUUGAAAAAUCAGAAUUGA